CCACAAAAAGCACUCGAAAAUAGGCGAAGAUUUCGAAAAUUCCCAUUUCUCAGCGUACAGUUUCUCGUCACGAUGAUUGUCGCAUCGAUUCAUCGAUCAUUCCAUGAAAUCAAAAUCAAUAUCUCUUACGCCGAUCAAUUAAUUAAAUACCUUCUCCGUCCAUCACUUUAUUAUUACCGUUCCGACACCGGCGAUUUUCGAUUUUCUGGAAUUUUCACAAUUUAUGCGACCACAUAACUUCAUUUCCUUUUUUGCUCAAUGGAAAUGCAAAAUUAAUUAGCUCUUUCUCGGAUAUAAAUGGGCAUUCCAGUAAAUAUUACUGUAGGUUCUCAUGUGUGGAUUGAGGACCCAUCAGUUGCUUGGAUUGAUGCACAAGUAUCGGAGGUUAAUGGACAGGAAGUUCAGGUUCAGACAUCUGAUGGGAGGACGGUUGUAGCAACUUUAUCAAAAACUCACCCCAAGGAUGAAGAUGCUCCAGAUGGAGGAGUGGAUGACAUGACUGAACUUUCAUAUUUGCAUGAGCCUGGAGUCUUACAUAAUUUGGCAACAAGAUAUCAACUCAACGAAAUCUAUACUUAUACUGGAAGUAUUCUUAUAGCCAUUAAUCCGUUCCAAAAGUUGCCUGAUUUAUAUGAUGGUCGCAUGAUGGCAAAAUACAAAGGAGUACAACUCGGCAAACUAAGUCCUCAUGUCUUUGCUAUAGCUGACGCUGCUUACAGGGCGAUGAUCAACGAGGGUAAAAGCAAUUCUAUACUGGUUAGUGGUGAAAGUGGUGCUGGUAAGACUGAAACUACGAAAAUGCUUAUGCGAUAUCUUGCCUAUUUAGGCGGCCAUAAGGGCACUCAGAAACGGACUGUGGAACAGCAAGUACUGGAGUCAAAUCCAGUACUUGAAGCAUUUGGCAAUGCCAAAACAGUUAGAAAUAACAAUUCAAGUCGUUUCGGUAAAUUUGUGGAGAUUCAGUUUGACAAGAAUGGAAGAAUAUCUGGAGCAGCUAUUAGAACGUAUCUUCUUGAAAGAUCUCGAGUUUGCCAAGUUUCAGACCCUGAACGGAACUAUCACUGUUUCUACCUUCUAUGUGCAGCACCACAGGAGGAGAUCAAAAGGUACAAGUUGGGGGAUCCCAAAUCAUUUCGCUAUCUCAACCAAUCAAAUUGCUAUGAACUAGUAGGUGUUAAUGAUGCCCAUGACUAUCUUGAGAUAAGGAGGGCAAUGGAUAUUGUUGGAAUUAGCGAGAAAGAGCAGGAAGCAAUUUUUAGUGUUGUGGCUUCUGUUCUUCAUCUUGGUAAUAUAGAAUUCGAAAAGGGCAAUGAAGUUGAUUCAUCAGUUGUCAAAGAUGACAAAUCUAGGUUUCAUCUUCAAACUACUGCAGAGCUUCUGAUGUGUGAUGUUACUUCACUGGAGGAUGCCCUAUUAAGACGUGUAAUGGUCACUCCUGAAGAAGUUAUAAAGAGAAGUCUUGAUCCUGAAGCUGCAGCAGUAAGCAGAGAUGGAUUAGCUAAAACACUAUAUUCUCGCUUAUUUGACUGGUUGGUAGACAAAAUAAAUAACUCGAUUGGACAAGAUCCUCACUCAAAAUCUCUAAUUGGUGUUCUUGACAUUUAUGGGUUUGAAAGUUUCAAAAGUAAUAGUUUUGAACAAUUCUGCAUUAAUUAUACUAAUGAGAAGCUGCAGCAACAUUUUAACCAGCACAUGUUCAAGACGGAGCAGGAGGAAUACACUAAGGAAGAGAUAGACUGGAGCUAUAUAGAAUUCGUGGACAACCAGGAUGUUUUAGAUCUUAUUGAAAAGAAACCUGGAGGCAUCAUUGCUCUUCUUGAUGAAGCCUGUAUGUUCCCCAAGUCAACUCAUGAAACAUUCUCACAGAAGCUUUAUCAGAUAUUCAAGACCAACAAACGCUUUGUCAAACCAAAAUUGUCCCGCACUGAUUUUACCAUUUCUCAUUAUGCUGGAGAGGUUCAAUACCAGUCUGAUCAGUUUUUAGAUAAGAACAAAGACUAUGUCGUUCCUGAGCAUCAGGAUUUGUUAAGUGCUUCUAAAUGCCCAUUUGUAGUGGGCCUUUUUCCUCCUGUUGCUGAGGAGUCAACUAAAUCUUCAUCCAAAUCUUCCAAGUUCUCAUCUAUUGGUUCUCGCUUCAAGUUACAACUCCAAUCAUUGAUGGAAACUCUGAAUUCUACAGAACCUCAUUACAUUAGAUGUGUGAAGCCUAACAGUCUUCUGAAACCGGCAAUAUUUGAGAACAUUAACAUUAUGCAGCAGCUACGUUGUGGUGGUGUUUUAGAGGCAAUUAGAAUUAGUUGUGCGGGCUAUCCCACGCAUAAGACAUUCUCUGAGUUUAUCAAUCGAUUUGGUGUUCUUGCUCCAGAGGUGUUCCAAGAGCAGGAUGAUGAAAAAGUUGUGUGCAAAAAGAUAUUAGAAAAGAUAGGGCUUGCUGGUUAUCAGAUUGGACAAACAAAGAUUUUUUUGAGAUCAGGGCAGAUGGCAGAGCUAGAUGCACACAGAGCACUAAAGCUAACCUCUGCAGUUAAGACAAUACAAAAGGAAACUAGAUGUCAUAUUUCUAGGAGAGAUUAUGCUUCUUUGCAGAAGGUGGCAAUUUGCUUACAAUCCUUGUGUCGAGCAAGGAUUGCUGUCAAAUCAUAUGUUGCCUUGAAAAGAGAGGCCGCUUCUCUCAAAAUCCAGACAAAGUUGCGUGGACACUUAGCCAGAAAAUCCUACACCAAACUUAAAUUAGCAGUCAUUGCUCUUCAGACUGGAAUUCGAGUGGCAGCAGCACGAGCUAAAUUCAGAUAUGAAAAACGAACCAAGGGAGCUCUGAUUAUACAGGCCUAUGAGCGUCGUCACAAAGUCCAUUCAUACUACAAGAAACUCAUAUGGGCAUCAAUUUUUACACAAUGCAGAUGGAGGGGAAUUGUUGCAAGGAGAGAGCUUCGCAAACUAAAAAUGGCUUCAAAAGAAACAGGUGCACUUAUAGAGGCAAAGGAUAAGCUUGAAAAACAGGUGGAAGAACUUAGAUUGCAGUUGCAGAUGGAGAAACGUCUAAGGAUGGACUUGGAAAAGGCAAAGGAUCAGGAAAUAGCAAAAUUGCAGAAUUCAAUGCGAGACAUGCAAAGCAAACUGAGCGAAACAGAUACACUACCCAUCAGGGAAUAUGAGGCUGCUCCAAAAGCAGUUGAAGAAGACUCUUUGAUUGUUGAUAAGAAACCAAUUCUUGUGGAGGAUGAAGAAAUCAUUGAAUCUUUAACUGCAGAGUUGAAAACUUUAAAGGUGUUAUAUCAAAAAGAAAAGCAACGCGCUGAUGAUUCUGAGAGGAAAUGUGCUGAAGUUCAAGAAUCAAGUAAAGAGAAGUGCCGGAAGUUGGAAGAAACUGAAAGAAAAGUUCAACAACUUCAGGAUUCAGUUAACAGGAUGAUUUACAGUAUAUCAGAUCAAUUCUCAGAGCUGAAAAUGAUAUUACAUCCUUCUUCCGGCCAGAGUUCAGCUUCGGGACUCAUUUCUAGAGGUUAUCCUGAUGAUGCUACAUCUGCUUCAGCUGAUGCUACGUGUACCAACUCUGACUUUACAUUUCCAGCUCCUGGUUCAACUCCAACCCAAUUUUCUUCUCCAGAUUCUCGUGCUUUUCAGCUUAUAGUUCAGGAUCUGGCAGCAGCUGAUAUCUCAGGUUCUGGAAAUUGGGAAAAUGACCGGGACGGGAUAUUUGAUGACUUCUUCUGAUGGAAAAUGUUCUUCAAUUUGGUAUAUCUCUAUACAUGCUAGCCUUAGAUGGUUAGCCUAUUUGGCUUUUAGCAGGCAUCUCAACCAGAUCAAACAACCACCUUUGAACAGCAGCAUGAUCAGGUUGGUGAAAAGCUGACCAACAUAGAUUCGGAAAAGAAACAGCAGGCUCUGUCAAUGGCUCAUAGCAAUACAUGCUGUUUGGAUGGCUCCAGAUCAAUUAUUCAGGAUCAACAUAGCACAUCACUGAAUUCUAGUGUAAAUUAAGAGGUCGAGGGAAGACCGCAAAAAUCACUUGAUAAGAAAAUGGAGUACCAGAACUUGUUCAUACACUGUAUUACACUGCUUCUUGACUGUUCUGAGGACAGAUAUGGCCAUGCUUGCACUAUCUACAAGUGCCUUAUGCAGUGGCAGCCAUUUGAAGUUAAGAGGACUCAAGCUAUUGAGUGUUAUUAAAGCCCCAAGAAAAUGAUGAUAAUAUCCUAUUGGCUAGCUGAUACAUCCACUCUGUUGGUGCUGCUCGAACAUACAUUGCAAGCUGGUGUACUUUUGAAUAAUAACGUACAGGCAGUCACAUUGGCUACUCUAUUCCAUAGAAUGACACGGCUAUCAGGGAACCCCUCAAGGAGUUAAUCUUUCUCCCAUCAGUGGAUUCAGCUGGCAUGCUGAAGGCAAAGAUCCAGAUUCUCUGUUCGAUUAGCAGCUAAGUAGAAAAGAUUUAUGGACUAAUCUGUGAUGAUUCUGCUUCUGGGGUUCUGCAUAUCAACAUUGUUCAAUACGACUAUACAAACGUAAAGGAGGACAUAAGAUGUGAAGUUACCUGAUGCAUUUUGAUGUACUUCAACGACUGAUUUAGGCUUCGACAUUAUCCAAACCAGGCAUACUAAACGAGACUGCUAACACACUCACCAAUGCUGCUACUCAGGAAUUUCAAGUGCUCAUUAGCAACAUGUCAAGAGCCUUCCUAUCUAUCUGAACAUACUGAAAUCCAACCAUGAUUGUUGCUGAUAAAUUGCAAACUGGGGAGAGACCAGAUGUGUCAAUAAACAUAUGUCAACCUUGGAAUGCUUGUAGACUUGAGAGAGAAUACUCUAAGCACAAUUUUGCUACAGAAAUUUUUUACAAUGGUUUUGAGCACACUUUUGUAGCAUAAUCAAAUCAAAAGGUUCAAUAAACAAUCAAUCAGCUACAUCUGUAUACAAAACUCGUUGAUGUCAAUUAUCAUGUGUCUGUUUAGAGGAUUUGCCACAAGUUAA